CGAAUACGAAGAGUCCGAUCGCGAGGAUGAGUUCGGCCGCAGCGAGAUCGGGUCUCCGUUGCAGCAAAAGAACAGGUCGCACAGCAGAUCGCGCAUAGAGCUCAAUUGUGACAUCAAAAACAGGCUCCAGCGCGCCACAUCGAUGAUCCAGCCUUCUGGGCCGGCUCCUAAACCCAAACUUUUCAAACUGUCCACGUCCAGUUUCGAUGGAGACACGGGCGCUCUUUCUGCCGGGACCAACCAACUGACUAACACAAUCCACGAGCUGAACUUUGGCACAGAUGGGUUUCCACUCGAAAGCAGGCGUAUUGACAAUUUGCAUCUGGACGAGUCUCUGUUCGAUUUUGGUCCAGGAAAUUCGGUUCUGUCCAAAAGUCCGGUUUCGACCUUUUUCGUGGACAACUGCGCGCUUCCGCGCAUCAAUGUUGACCAGUUCCACGAGAUCCUGGUGAGUUUCAAAGAAGAAGACAAGCAGACGGGGAAAAACAAGUAUCGAGAGUACUUUGACGAGCUCAUGGUUGUGGACUGUCGAUUUGAGUACGAAUUCAAAGGAGGCCACAUCGACUGCGCGCUGAACGUGUCGUCGAAAAAAGAGCUGGAGGAGCUCUUGCUGGGCCAAUCGGUGAUCAAAAAGACCCCGAUGGAGCAUACAGCCGAAUGUCGCAAGCUGCUAAUUUUCCACUGUGAGUUUUCUUCGCACAGAGGCCCGCUCAUGGCCAACUUGCUCCGAACUUGGGACAGGUACCUGAACAAGGAGUACUAUCCGCAUCUCUACUAUCCGGACAUUGUCAUCCUGGAAGGCGGCUACAAGAAAUUCUUUGAGAAAUUCAAUGGAGUGCACUGCUAUCCGCUAAAUUAUAUUGAGAUGCACGAUCCUCAGUUCAAAGACGAAUGCGAAAAUGGACUGUACAAGCUGCGCAAAGACUCGAAGCUCAGCCUCAACCGCAAGUCCUCGUUCCAGGACAGGCCAGGCUCACUGUCGUUGCGCAAGAGCUACACGUCGACGUCCGUGCUGAGCUUUGCCGAGUCGACCAAGAGCAGCACCAGCAUCUUCAGUUUUUCCGAGUCCAAGACAGAAAUCAGCGAGCUGGGCGGCGACGGGGAGCUCGGUGGUUUUGGCAGCAGCAUUGAUCUCGACGACUUGUGCGAUGAGUCGCCAAUUUCGAAAAAAACCACCAUGCUGAAAACGUCUCCUGUCUCCAAGCCCAAAUACGAGGAAUUCAGAAAACCACAGAGCCCGCAGAAACUGUUCAAGCUGCCCAACCUGCCGCAUCGCAAGACCCUGCAUUUCCGGUCCAAAACAGUGGGCUCGCUCACUUCUACGCCCCCUCAUUUCCCCCAUUUCUCCGACCUGACGCGACGGUUCGAAAAGCACGUCGACACGCCGAUCAUCAAGAAAUAGACAUUGCAUAACGGAAUGUAUCCGACUUAUUCUUUGUAGCUGUGGCGGAGCUUGGCCUCCCGGCAUUCUCUUCCUCCCAGCGGAAUGGGGCCAAACCUGUCCAACGGCCAGAUUAAAUAUGUCGCUUUGCCUAUCACGAGCCCCGUGCUCACGGGCCCGUAUGUGUUCGAAUCUAUCGAGUGCACGUUGUCACCCUCGACCCAAAUAUGGUUCACCGGCACCAGCACGCGCGACCGUGUGUCGGGGUACCGCGGUACCACCAGAUCUCCCUGCUUGGCCUUUAUUCGCUUUGUGUAGAUUUUUUCAGGGUCUAUGGGCGACCGUAGAAAAACAACGUCGUCAACCUCCAGAUUAUUGAUGUUUGUGACCCCCCACUUCCACAAGAGCACGUGGUUUCGAGUAUUGGGCGAUUCUGGUGGGUUGAAGGUGGGCUUCAUUGACAUUCCCUCGAUCUUUCCUAUAUAAGCGACAUGUUCUGUCACCACGUAGACCACGGGAACCCAGGACAGAAAAGUCAGACACAUCCUUAGCGAGUACUUUGCAAGCGGCAUGUGCUGUUUGAAUGCCGACAUUGUAGAACCGUUGGUGACACUCCC